UUUCGCUACGCAGCGACGCGCGUGCCGGGCGGUGGAAGUAAGUGUUAAACUAGCCACUUUCGGAAAACGGGGGCUCCGGUUCCUCCCGUCCUUUCUUUCACAUAAAUAAGAGAUGCGACCGAGAGAGACCGUCGCCGCCGCACUUCUUGGGGAGCGCAGACAGCUGAGCGCAAGGCUUCUGUAAGUGUGAUUCACGCGCCUGCUCGCACGGCUCAGCCCGGGGUGGAAGAAUGACUCCGGCCAAUCCCACUAUCGACGGCUGCACGCGAGAUGCCUGCUGUGGAGAGCUGUUGUCUGACCUCUUUGCGUGAGUGGAGCAAGCAGUUUGAACAGGACUUGCAGUUUAAAAGGCUGUAACACACUACCAGAUCUGGCAGCCAGGCAAUUUCUUUCAAAAAAGUGGCCACCUGUCCUUGUUUUCCUGCCCUCCUAUGAUGGCUGAGUGUGAGUGCCACCCUGCGCUGCCGGUCUGACUGCACCUGGGAUCUGUGACCUUCCUGACACCUCCCGCUUGGGCACACUGCUACGACGUUCCCAGUCGCCAUCCCUGUCUCCUGGCUGCCUCCUUCCGUGCUGCUCUCCCUGUCCAUGGCUGGCCUGCUGGGAUCUGUGUUCCUCCUAGUCCUACAGGCAUAUGCCGCCCCUCCAGAAUUCAUCCAGAUGUGGCCCAGCACCCCCACCUCGGGCCCUGGGAGCUUGGGCAAUGAGACAGUCUCUCCCUCCCUGGUCCCGCCGCCCGGCACCAGCAAGCGCACGCCCCACAGCAUCAUCAUUGGCGUCCGGAAAGGUGGCACCCGCGCUCUGCUGGAGAUGCUGGACAUCCACCCGGGCGUGGCGGCAGCUGCUACUGAGGUGCACUUCUUCGACUGGGACGAGAACUACGCCAAGGGUCUCGAGUGGUACCGGAGGCUGAUGCCGUAUUCCUACCCCUACCAGAUCACCAUAGAGAAGACGCCGGGUUACUUCACCUCGCCCUUGGCCCCGGCACGCAUCCAUGCCAUGAACUCCUCCAUCCGCCUUCUGCUCAUCCUACGGGACCCGACCGAGCGGGUCAUCUCCGACUACACGCAGGUGUACUUCAACCGGCUGGAGAACCACAAACCGGUCCAAGCCAUCGAGGACGUGCUGGUCAGGAACGGAGGUCUCAACACGCGCUACAAGGCCAUCCAGCGCAGCCUCUAUGAUGUUCACGUGAAGAACUGGCUCCUGCACUUUCCGCUCGACCAGAUCCACAUCGUGGACGGCGACACGCUGAUCCGUGACCCGCUGCCUGAGCUGCAGCGGGUGGAGCGCUUCCUGGAGCUGCCGCCACGUAUAGUGGCCUCCAACUUCUACUUCAACCAGACCAAGGGUUUCUACUGCAUCCGCAGCGAUGGCCGAGAGAGGUGCCUGCACGAAUCCAAAGGGCGACCCCACCCGCCCGUGAACAGCUCCGUGCUCCAGCAACUGCACUCCUACUUCCGGCAGCACAACCGCAAUUUCUACCGGCUGGUAGGGCGCACCUUUGACUGGCACUAGUGCAGACGGGCUGGCCGACCUUGGCCAGCUGGGUCUAGCUUCCUUUCCAAACCCAGUCUAGUUUGAGGGGGUGGGGAGGUUGGCAGUGAUGAGCAGGGGUGCAGAUGGAAGCACUUUACGAUCCCCCCCCCCAAAAAAACUUGUCCUAAAUGCCUUUGAACUCUUACUGAGUCUGCAAAAUAACUGCAAUCAGUAAAUUGUAAUCACCUAAAAAAAAAAAAAAUUACUUAUGAAUAAAUGCAGUGGGAGUACCAAAAGCACUGGUGCUCUGUACUAUGUUAGUUACUAGAGGGAGACUGAAGCAAACAAAUUUGUGAACUCAUGAACUUUUUUCUUUGUUUGAUAUUCUUGUACUUGAUAAUAAAUGGUUCUGCUUUCAAAAUGGUUA